GAAUGAAGGAAUUAAAUGGCGUUGAAAAGCCUCAACUACGCUCAACUUCAGUUAGGUGCUGGCAUUAACUAUCUUCACCCGCCUCCUCUAUAUACGCACGCACAAUAUCAGCAUUAUCCCUCAAACCUUUUAUCAGUGAUUGUGGUGAUACUUCAGCAAUCACUUCCAACCAUGGCCAAUGAACGCGAUCUUUUUUCCACGGAGAUUGUGAACCGUGGAAUUGAAUCUUCGGGUCCCAACGCCGGCUCCUUGACCUUCUCCGUGAGGGUGAGGCGGCGGCUGCCGGACUUUCUUCAGUCCGUCAACCUCAAGUACGUCAAGUUGGGUUACCAUUAUCUCAUAAACCAUGGCAUUUACUUGGUCACCAUUCCUGUGCUUCUUCUGGUGUUCAGCGCUGAGGUCGGCAGCCUCAGCAAAGAAGAGCUAUGGAAGAAGCUCUGGCAAGAUGCCUGCUACGAUCUCGCCACCGUCCUCGCUUUCUUCGGCGUCUUUGUCUUCACCUUGUCUGUUUACUUCAUGUCAAAGCCUCGCUCCAUUUACCUCAUUGAUUUUGCAUGCUUUCAGCCCAACGACGACCUCAAGGUCUCAAGGGAGCAGUUCAUUGAGCUAGCAAGAAAAUCAGGCAAGUUUGACGAGGAGAGCUUAGCGUUCCAGAAGAGGAUAUUAAUGUCGUCGGGCAUAGGGGACGAGACUUACAUCCCAAAGGCAGUGAUAGCGUCUAGUGAAAACUGCGCAACAAUGAAAGAAGGUCGAGCAGAAGCAUCCACGGUUAUGUUCGGAGCACUGGACGAGCUGUUUGAGAAAACCAAGGUUCGUCCCAAGGACGUGGGUGUUCUAGUGGUGAACUGCAGCAUCUUCAACCCCACACCAUCACUCUCAGCGAUGAUCAUAAACCACUAUAAGAUGAGAGGAAAUGUUCUAAGUUACAACCUUGGUGGGAUGGGCUGUAGUGCUGGGAUUAUAGCCAUAGACUUGGCAAGAGACAUGCUUCAGUCCAACCCAAACAAUUAUGCUGUGGUGGUGAGCACUGAGAUGGUAGGAUUCAAUUGGUAUCAGGGAAAGGAGAGAUCUAUGCUCAUUCCAAACUGUUUCUUUCGCAUGGGUUGCUCUGCUGUUCUUCUGUCCAAUCGUCGUCGUGACUAUAGGCGUGCCAAGUACCGUCUCGAACAUAUUGUUCGCACCCAUAAAGGUGCCGACGACCGCAGCUUCAGGUGCGUAUACCAAGAGGAAGAUGAACAAAAAUUCAAGGGGCUGAAGGUGAGCAAGGACCUGAUGGAAAUAGGAGGUGAUGCGCUCAAAACCAACAUCACGACACUAGGACCUCUGGUUCUACCCUUUUCAGAGCAGCUUCUCUUCUUCGCCACCUUGGUCUGGAGGCACCUAUUUGGUGGUAAAUCUGCAGGAGGCAAUUCAUCAUCUCCACAGAAACCUUACAUCCCAGACUACAAACUUGCCUUUGAACAUUUUUGUGUGCAUGCUGCCAGUAAGACCAUUCUUGACGAGCUACAGAGGAACCUGGAACUAAGUGACAAGAACAUGGAGGCCUCCAGGGUGACCCUGCACCGUUUUGGCAACACGUCAAGCAGCAGCAUAUGGUAUGAACUCGCUUAUUUGGAAGCUAAAGAGAGGGUCGGAAGAGGAGACCGUGUUUGGCAACUAGCUUUUGGGUCUGGCUUCAAGUGCAACAGUAUAGUUUGGCGUUCCAUGCGCCGUCUCAAGAGGCCCACUGCCAACCCCUGGCUUCACUGCAUCGACAGAUACCCUACGUCUCUUUCUCAAUCUCCUUGAGUUGAGAUAUGCCAAGUUCAAACGAUUAUAUCAGUGAUGAUAGUUAAGAAAGCUUUAUGGUUAUUCUUAGUGGGUCUUUAAAUCUUAUUUUGCUGUCUCGAGAUUGUUUACUGGUAUUGGAAAAUGCUGAAUAGUGUGCCUCUACUUGUGCUUCUCUGUCUCUUUGUUGCGUAAGAUUUUCAAAAUAAUCAAAGAUCACUUACAUUGACAA